GAAGUCACCUGUUCUUUGUAACAGACAAAAGAAGUUCCAAAAUGUAAGGAAGAAGACGUUGCAGGUGAACCAAGGCAUGCAGGUGCCUCGAACAUAUAUAUAAUAGAAUAAGGUAUCCUAUAGCAGUACGUCGUGAAUAUGUCGUCUCAAAAGCCAGGGAAGAAGAUACUUCAUGCACUGGCUGGUACCGGCGUUGUCGAUGAGAAACCACGGGAGGUUGAGAGCAAGACCUCCCUUUCUGCUCAAGAAACAGCGACGCCUGUUGAACUGCCAGAACUGGACGAGGCAGAAUCUCGGUUAUUUGACUUGGUACAGUCGGGAAAUGUGAAAAAGGUAGAAGCCUUCUUUCGUGAGAGACCAGGUAUCAACGUCAACUGCAUAAACUGCCAAGGGUACACUGUACUACAUCUGGCUGUCAAAAACGAAGACUUGCCCAUGAUUCGCUUUUUGGUGUCUUCUGGAGCGAGGGCGAAGGACACAAUCUUGUACGCUGUGCAAACAGCGAACCAGCCCAUCGUGCAGUAUAUUCUGGACGUGCUCGAAAAAGCCGACGAAACUUUCGAGAAACGAGGCUACCUCUCCAGCAGGCUUUACACGUCUGAUAUUACACCAAUGAUACUUGCAGCGCAACUAGGGCACUGGUCCCUCAUUAGGUUGUUCCUGAGUCGUGGCCAUAGGGUGCCGAUUCCCCACAGGUCAUCCUGUAUGUGUGCAAACUGUAUUAAGAUUAUGAGAACUGAAGGUGUCAACUUAUCUACGGUUAACCUAAAUGCGUAUAAAGCCUUGUGCAGCCCGCAUUACCUCCUGCAAACAUCGUCUGAUCCCUUCCUGGACAUCUUCGUCUAUGGCAAAUGCAUGAAAGAAGCAGCGGAAGCCGAAGAAGAAUUUCGGGUUGAAUACGGAAAUGAACUGCAGAAACUUAAAGCGUUUACCAACAAGUUACUGGACCAGUGUCGAACAACGGAGGAAGUCAGAAUAAUCCUUGAAGAAAAAGCUGGCCUUGGAGACAAAGGUAACCUAAUUUUCCCUAGAGUCAUUCUCGCAUUAGAAUGGAGCGAGAGAGAAUUCGUUACCCAUAGUUAUGUUCAGCAAGUUCUUCGAUUAGCAUGGGAAGGUGAAUUUCAAGCCUGGAACCGCAUCCCGUUCCGAAUCAAGUGUGUUCACCUUAUCAGUAGAUUUCUUCUGCUUCCUUUUAUCGCAAUAUGGAUCAACGUAAGACCGGCAACCGCUGUGGCAAAACACUGGUCAAGUCCCGUGAGCAAGUACCUCAACGCAUUUGCGUCGAGGCUACUAUUCGUCUUGUUUGUAUACUUAGAGAUCACCCUGGACAGGAGCAGGAGCUCAAGAGGGCCACCAAACACGGGUCUGGAGUGGCUGCUUGUCGUCUGGGUCGCGGGAUACAUUGCCGAAGAAGUCAUACACGUCACCAGAGUGGGUACGAAGAGAUACAUAAAAUCGAUGUGGCAUUGGUACGACACCGUCACCAUAUUCCUGUUCCUCCUGACGUUCGCAUUUUGGAUCAUUGCUUGGGUAGAUAUCAUACAGGACCCCAGUGAAGGAAAGGUUCCCCCGCGGAACGAGUGGACAAGCCUAGAUCCAACGCUGAUCCACGAAGCCGUGUUUGCCCUCUCAUCUGUAUUCACUGUCUUCAGACUCAUGUUCUUCUUCAAAGAAAGUGCUAAGCUGGGCCCACUACAAGUAUCGCUGUCUUGCAUGAUCGUAGAGAUAUUCUGGUUCAUGGUUUUCUGCAUCUGCGUCAUGAUGUCGUUUGCCUUCGGGCUGACUCGAAUGUAUGAACCCUAUAGCGGUAUGAAGAGGGUUGACAAGGACGGCAAUGUGGUGACUCAGAGCCCGGCUUUCACGACGUUCGGAAUGGCCAUGCGGACACUCUUCUUCAGAAUGCUUGGAAUCGCUGCUGGGAACGAAGCGGACGUCGUCGUUUCGAAUAAGGACGAUGGUACCGCCAACGACCACACGUUUACACAGUGCGUAGGAGGAACACUGUACUGUGUUUACCAACUGAUUAUGCUAGUUGCUCUGAUUAAUUCCUUGAUAGCUAUUGUAACAGGGACCUUCCAGAAGAUUGUGGACAACGCAGAGCUGUAUUGGAAGUUCUACAGGACGGAACUGUGGUUGCAUUACAUGAACGAGGCCGUCGUUACGCCGAGCCCGUUCUUGUUCCUGCAAUUGCCAUUCGUUUUAGCUGAAUGCAUGAAGCGCAAACAAUACACGGUUUUGACAGAAGCUCCAGGGACACGAUACAGCGACGUCAUACAGCUCCUGGUGCAAAGAUAUUUGGCUCAUGGUGACGUCGUACUGAUUGACUGAAAAUCGUCGAACAGUAGACAAGCGCAACAUGUAUGUUCCUUCUUGGUAUCGUAAGCGUAACAGAUAUUUCAAUUUAUAUGUUGAAUGGUGUGGAUGAAUGUAAUUAAUAAACGUCGUUAGCUCA